CCCACCCCCAGCAGGCCGGACCUUAUAAACCCCCGCUUCUGGAAGAGCCCACAGCCUUUCCAUCCCCGGACCUCACUCGGGGCUUGACUGCCUGGGUCUCUGGCGCUUUCGCUCUCAGAAAGCAACAUGCACUUUAGAAACUUCAACUACAGCUUUAGCUCUCUGGUUGCCUGUGUGGCAAACUCUGAUAUCUUCAGCGAAAGUGAAACCCGGGCCAAAUUUGAGGCACUCUUUCGGACCUAUGACAAGGACAUCACCUUUCAGUAUUUUAAGAGCUUCAAGCGAGUCAGAAUAAACUUCAGCAACCCCUUAUCUGCAGCAGAUGCCAGACUCCAGCUGCAUAAGACUGAAUUUCUGGGAAAGGAAAUGAAAUUAUAUUUUGCUCAGACUCUGCACAUAGGAAGCUCACACCUGGCUCCCCCCAAUCCUGACAAGCAGUUUCUGAUCUCUCCUCCCGCCUCUCCGCCGGUUGGUUGGAAGCAAGUGGAAGACGCCACGCCCGUCAUAAAUUAUGAUCUUUUAUAUGCUAUCUCCAAGCUCGGGCCAGGGGAAAAAUACGAAUUGCAUGCAGCGACUGACACCACCCCCAGCGUGGUGGUCCACGUGUGUGAGAGCGAUCAGGAGAACGAGGAAGACGACGAGAUGGAGAGGAUGAAGAGACCCAAACCAAAAAUUAUCCAGACCCGCAGGCCGGAGUACACGCCCAUCCACUUGAACUGAACCGGCACCCUGCAGGCGCCCCAGAUCGCGCUCGGGGAGGAAUCUUUUACUGUGGAACUUGGGAGGUGGUCGCCGUGGCGAUCGCCGUGGCAGGAAUUCUAGUUCAUGUUGCCCAGAGGAGAAUCGGGGUUCGGCCUCCCGGUUCUGACACUGUGCCCAUGACCACGGCCUCUGGGCCAGCCGCCGAGUCGGGGCGGUCACACACUUGGGCCUUGGGGGAUGCGUCCAGAAGACUGCUGACGGUCGUGUUUGUACUUGUUCUUUCCUGGUAGGUUCUGUGUUUGCUAAGGGCAGGUUGAGACGUGGGUCCGGGCAGGGGACUCUGUUUCCGGGGCCAGGGUCCUCCGGUUGGAAAAGGCGCCGGGCACAGCCACAGAGUGUGUGGCGCAGAAAAGUUGUGGGAACAACCACAAUGCAGUGUGGAAACUGUAGUGUUUCAUCGUUCGCCUCCCGUGUCCCAACGUCUGUGCAUGUUAUUACCGAUUUUCAAAACUAACCUUGGUCCGUAGGUAGCAUCGUGCCAUGGCUGUGGGGCACCUUGGCGGAGGCCGGGGGGCGUGUGCAGAGUCCUUACCGUUGUAGAGUCUCAGCUCUCUGUGCAGCAGCCCCCCACAAGUGAGAUGCGACCAGGAGGAACCCCCACCCACCCCAUCCUCUUAGGCACAGUGUGCGACUUGUGCUUUUGCAAAAGCUGAUCUGAAAUUCCUGCGUAGGGUUUCACUUCUAAAAUCCAGAGAACAGCGGUUUCACUGCCAACUUUUCGUGGAUGAGAACCUUUAGGGGUUGGGGUCAGGCGUAAGUUUUCUAUCAUUUCUCCUACAUGAUGGCUUGUAUCCGGGCGUCGUAGUCAGACGCCUCUUGGGAGGACCUGUUGGUUAGGAGAGCUGAUUUUUUUUUUUGGUUUUUUAACCCCACAAAACCAUCAAGAUAAACCUGUAAAUAAAGCUGAUCGUAUUUACUCAUACCUGUUGUACCCUUGGGUGGAAAAUAUGGCAGUGGAAAAAUAGUGUAAGAUGUAGUAACCUACCUGUGAAUUGUAUGUUGUUUUAAAAAAAACAAACACUGUUCAGAUGUUUGACGGGGCUUGAAUUCAACGCAUGUGAAGUGGAAAUAGUGUGUGCUGGUGUUCGAGGGCUACAGUGCCUUUCUCCUUCACCUCCCACGCGGUUGUUACACGAGGUCGUCGUCUGUGACUUCCUUCCUAGUCGUAAUGUGGUGUCUGGUAAAUAGUGUAACAUUUUGGCCUUACGAUACCAUAACAUAACAGAGUUUGUCGUUUUGAAAUGCCUAAUGCCGAGUAAACAAUGCAUGCUUUGGAAAUCUGGAAGAUGGUUUUCUUUGAGAAGCAAGUGUGUUGGGUUGUUCAUAUCAAGGAAUCGACUGAAUGUUCUCAAAACCCUGUUUACAGUACCGGUUGGGGGCGGGGGUCGGGAUGGGAGAGCGUCGUGUAGCUGUUCAAGUGUUCUAGUUAAGUGCUUUUCAACCGGAGAGGCUAACCUCAAGAUAUUUUUUUUAACUGCGUUCUAUAAUAAAUCAACACGAUAUGCUCUUUA